AUGACGGAGUACAAGCUGGUUGUAGUAGGCGAUGGAGGUGUUGGAAAGUCGGCCCUUACGAUACAACUUAUACAAAAUCAUUUUGUCGAAGAGUACGACCCAACAAUUGAAGAUAGUUACCGAAAACAGGUUGUGAUUGACGGUGAAACAUGCUUGCUUGACAUAUUGGACACUGCGGGACAAGAAGAAUAUUCUGCUAUGCGCGAUCAGUACAUGCGAACAGGUAUAUCAUCGAAAAUUCAGUGA